AAAUAACAUAAAACUAUAUAUUAAUUAUUAAGUAUGAAUGAAAGAAAGAAAAUCUCAAAGGUCGUACGUUAUCGAGUAAUUUAAAUUUAAAUAAAAUUGUGACUGUUUUAUUUAAGCCAUGGAUGGUAUGGUUUGGAUUUAAAAUAAAAUUUACCAUACUAAGUGUAGAUUUGAAAUGAAGGAAGAGGAGAAGAGUAAUUAAAAGAAAAAAGGGAAGCCAGCUGUUGUGGUAAUGUCCAUUGGCCUAAACUAAAAGACAUUGAUUCGAAGGUACGGAGACAUGAACAAAGCUGGGUUGGCUGGCUCCUUGUUCCAAUGAUGUAACCAAGGCGGAAUUUUGGCGUUAUAAAAGAAGCAAAGGUUGCAAUAUAGGAAGAAGGAAGGUGAAGUGGAAGAUCGAUGGAUCCUAAGGUGGUAGCAUUCAUCGUGAUCGGUCUUAGAAGCUUCACCUUCAUAUGUCUCCUCAUCGCCUUAGUCGUAAUUGCCACUGACAAACUAGCCCUCAUUGAUGGCUAUAAAGCAACCUUCAAUGAUAUUCACGGAUACAGGUACGUGUUGUCCAUUGCAAUUAUAGGGUUGGCCCAUACAAUAUUACAGCUGGGUUUCUCCCUUUACCAUGUGCUCACUCAAAACAUACCAUUUUGGAAUGGCCUCCCACAAUUCAAUUACUACGCAGACCAGGUGUUAGCCUGGGUGUUGGCCUCCGCGGCUGGGGCUGGCUUUGCGGUCACCGCGGAGCUUAAAAGAUUAGUGGAUGAAAAUAUUAAGAAUGCUGUUGGCGACUACGAGCUCUUCAUUCCAGCAGUGGAUCAGCAGGAGUCCUUGAUAGAUGAUUUCUUUGACAAGGCAAAUAUUGCCACUGCCAUUCUCUUCCUUGCAUUCCUCUCCAUGGCCACUCUCCUCCUUCUCUCUCCAUUCAAUCGGAUCAAACCCCUUGAGACCACCACCCAAGAUCCAGAAGCCCAAGCUAAGGAGCCCACUGCGCCAGGGGCCCCUUCCAGUUGAUUUCCAAUCUGUUACCCAAUUUUGUUCAAAAACUCAACUCUCUACCUCAACUGCCAAAUUAAGUCAUUGACUAAAAAGUUUAAAGCUUACUAUCUCCAUACUCAUAUGGUGUCAAACUCUCCAAUCUAUUUGUUGCUUUUCAUGUUCACUCCAUCGGCUGUAUCUCUUCAGUACCAGUAUGAGAAAUCAUUUAUAAUGUUGGCUCUCACUUUUAUA